AUGGAUAACUCGACAGAAGCCGCCUUUGCGCAUCCUUACUACCCAGUCACGGCUGCCCUACCGCACUAUGUCGCCAACAAGAACUCCGUUGUCAGCUUGCUCGUAUUCUUCGGGAGCAUAAUAUCCUUCGUCGUCGUUACGGCCGUCGCGGGUGCUAGAAAUACCUAUCCUCAGCUGAAAGCCUCGGACCAGCUUACCGUGGCUUGGUUUGCUCUUUGCGGUUUCCUCCACUGUUUCUUCGAAGGAUACUUCAUCCUCAACCACAAGAGCCUUGCCAGUGACCAAAGUCUCUUCGGCCAGCUGUGGAAGGAGUAUGCACUCUCCGACUCUCGCUACCUGACCUCCGAUCCAUUUAUGCUCUGUGUUGAGUCCUUCACAGUAAUUCCAGCUCGUAUGGGGCCCCCUCUGCUGGGCCAUUGUCAUACGCCAAGCGGAACCAGUUGCGUUACCCUUCAGAUUAUCAUGAGUGUCGGGCACCUGUACGGCGUCGUGCUCUACUACUCAACCAGCUUGAUCGAGCUCUACUCCAACGGAGUAUCGCACAGCAGACCCGAGUUCCUGUACUUCUGGGUCUACUACAUUGGUUUCAAUGCUCCGUGGGUCGUUGUGCCUGCGACUAUUCUCUACCAAACCACGGUCCACAUCAAGAGGCACCUCACAGACCGUGCGGAUGUGGUGGCCAAGCUGAACAGGAUUGAUGGCAUUAUGGGCGACAAAUCUUGGCAGACAUACGUGCCCAAGGACGAGGAGAAGAAGACGAACUAG